GCGCGAUGAGAACUUCGUUUACCCGCCGUUGCCGGGUGAAUCGCGACGGCGCGUGAGCAGCGAGCGCGUGAUUGGCUGCCGCGGCUUGUGUACGUGACGACCGCGCGGCGUCCGGGGUGAAGUGAGCCGCGUUGCGGCCGUGCCUGGCCGCGCCGAGCCGAAGUGAGCGGCGCGACCAUUCGUACGCAACACGCGACGUUGGUUGUGCAGCGAGGACGCGCGCGCCAGUUUCUCUCACGCGAGUGCUGAAAACGCCGGUCGAAAACGAUCGUCGCUCGCGAUCGAAUGCGCGCGCGCCUUGUCAAAAUGUGAUCGGACAAUUUUCGCGCUUGUUUUUGUUCUCGAGACACCCGCUCUCUUUCUCUCCCUCCCUCCCUCUCUCUCUCUCUCUCUCUCUCUCACUCUUGACCGGCGACGAAAAGGAGCAUCAGCAAGUCACGAGGAUCGCGGUUCACAAGGAUUCACGCCGAUGAUGAAUAUGACACUUCCGUAAGGAGUCGCAAGUUUCCGAUGGAGAACCAAGGUUACGAGGAGGACCAGUCGCGCGCAGUAGAAGAGCAGUCCACACUCGAAUCUCGUCGCGAUCAGCAGCUUCGCGCGGAUACGAACAACGUGACAGAUGAGUCCGUUGUUGCGAGGACAACACCGUAUUCUGAAGGCCACGUAUACGAGGACAUCGCCAUCGGCGCGGGAACCGACGCGGCAACCGACGCGGGAACUGAAGCGGGAACCGACGCGGGAACCGACGCGGGAACCGAUACUUGCGAGCUUGCCGAGACGUCUUGCCCCGACGAAUCUCCAGAUCCUCGUGAAAUUGGGGAUCGCCGAUCGAUCGAUUUCGUUAAGCAAGCUUGGAUCAACGAGUCAUCGUCCCCCGUGACCGACAGGCUCUUCUCACAAAGUUCGUUAUUCUCCUCAAUUAGAGGCAGUACGAAAUACGACAGCACCACACCCUUGUCCAAGACGAGUGAAGAUGAAUCUGAGGAAACCUUUGGGAAAUCUCGCGAUCUCCCGACACUUCCCCUCUCCGGGGACGUUUCAGAGAAUGUGUCCUCGUCGCCUCAGACGAACGAAGACUCGUCGCGAGACGUCUCGGUGACGCAGUCCGAUCGCCGGCCGAAUCGCAGACGCAGGAAAAAGGACUGCAAACAUUGCAGAAGUAAAUUAGCCGACGCGGGCUCCUGCGAGAAAUUAGACAAGCUGAUGAGUAAUAGUAAUAAGGAUGCGAUCCUGAGAGAGAACGGGAACAAUCAUCGGGACAGACACCUGGACGCGUCCACUCUCCUGCUCCGGGAGUCGCUUCUGAGGCCGCAGAACGUAAAGAUUUAUCCGAUCGUGAAUAGGAUGAGUCUCCGCGAUAUCGGUGCCAAGAAAAAUUUCGCGUACGAGUAUGGAGUGCAUACGACGGAGAACCCGAAGUUCCUGCUGAACACGGAUAAGAUGUUUGGCCAGGUUGUGGAGAAUGCUAGAGAGGACAAGAUACUGAAGGGAGUAUCGGGGAAUGGAACUGAUAUGAGGAUCAACUCAAUAUAUUCGCAAGAUCGCUGGUACGGCAAGGAGUCGCAGAUAUUCUAUACCGAUGUCAAAGAUCAGAAUCCUUUUCAGAGGGCUUACUCCCUGCCGGCGCGGACGCACACCCCGACCUCACAGAAUCGCGUUAAUUUACGUCGAAGCGUCAGAAACGAGCCGCCACCGCAUCCGGCGCGCCUGGACAAGCACCGUCGUGGUUGGACGUUACACCUGGCCCGUCCCCUGAAGGCAUCCGGAUGCUCAAGCCCACUCAUACCCCUGCUGAUCGUCGUGCUGAUCCUGCUGGGGGUCGCAGGGGUCGCAUUGUACAUCGUCUUCGAACCCGAGAAGCUCCAGAUCAUUCAGCAGUACCUGAAGUCGUCGACGAGUAAGUUGACGAGGCAGAACGUUACUUCCGGUGAACCGAUCACGCCCGCGAACCUGAACGACGAAUCAAAUCUGACGACCGCGAUGGCCAACAUGACGCUAACGUCGAUGACGGCAGAAACGUUCGCCGGGGGUGCGUUCACCAUGAGCGACCCUUUAAACGGCAAUCUAUCAUUUCCGGGAAGCACUUCGCCGUCGGGCGAGGGCGCGGAAACGGAAGCUGCGAGUCAGGAUGUUAUUAAUGCGACGAGAUAUUGCGACGAUUGCUUCGAGGGCGAGGUAUGCGUCGCCGUCUUCGGCGAACAACUGCCGAUAUGCAGGAGUCCCCGCGAUCGCGACGAUCCCACCGGAUGCGGUGGUUUCUGCGUCAUUAAUAGGCAGAAAUGCCAUCGUCUCGACGUGGACGCUUUCAGAUGCGAGAAGGUUAACUAUUACUACCAAGAAUGUUUUGACAACGAAUGGACUUGUUCAAACAUGUUGUGCAUCCCCUUAGAGAAGCGUUGCGAUGGACAUAUGAAUUGCUACGACCAUUCGGAUGAGCACAAUUGUGUCUGCAAUCUGGAGACGCAUUUUCAGUGCGGUAACAAGACUUCCUGCCUUCCGUUGGAGAAGAGAUGCGACGGAAAGAUAGAUUGCUGGGACGCAACCGACGAGAUUAAUUGCACGUUAGGUCGUGAUCUUGGUGGGUUUUGCCCCUUGGACACCCAGUUUACUUGUAACAAUGGGGAAUGCAUACUGAAAGUUCGUUUUUGCGACGGGCUGGCAGACUGCAGCGAUAAAUCGGACGAACCUCACGGAUGCAAAGGGCGAUGCAAUAAACACGAAUUUACAUGCCAAAACGGUAGAUGCGUUACGAAAGGAAUGAAGUGUAAUGGGAUUGAUGAUUGCGGAGAUGGCUCCGAUGAGAGACACUGCAAAGACCGGUUUACUUAGUAUUUACCCAUGAAGGAAGACAUUGCCAAUCAGAGAAAGAUCAAAUGCAGUAUUUUAUACAAAUAAGUGUACGUAAUGUAUAUAGCGUGUUGUAUAGAGACAGAAAUAUGACAAUAUAUAUAUUGAAUCGC